CCCAGGACUCCAAAGUCACUCUACAAUGCAGCACCAUAUGCAAAGUAUCUUCUACAUGGUCUCAUACAAGGUUGUCAUAUUUCACUCAGAUACAGUGUUAUCCUUUUUACUGGGAAAAUAUAUAUACAUGAGAUAUGGCAUCUGAGUGCUGCCUCAGUGUCACCAAGUACUUCCUGUUUCUCUUCAACCUAAUCUUUUUUCUGCUGGGUUUGUCCAUCUUGGGGUUUGGUCUCUGGAUAAUAUUUGCAGAGACAAGUUUUCUAAUACCUCCCCUUCGCUACCUAUCCCUGUCUCUCUUCUCCUAUCUGCUGGUCAUCAGUGGCUCUGUCACCUUGUUACUGGGCUUCUUUGGGAGCCUAGGUGCUCUGAAGGAAGUCAAAUGCAUGCUGGCAAUUUAUUUUAUCCUGCUCACCGUGCUUCUUGCAGCUCAGAUAAUUGGCACAGUUCUGCUCUUCACACAGAGAACUGCGUUUGAGAAUUCUCUGCAUGAGCAUGUUACUGGACUUAUCAAAUCAUUUGGGAAAAAUAAUACAAAUCUGAAGCAUUUUCAAGAACCUCUAGAACUCCUUCAAACACAGGCCCACUGCUGUGGCUGGAAUGGGGAAACUGACUGGGAACUGGUCCCUUGCUCCUGUUUCUAUAAAAAUUCUACAAAUAAUGCCACUGAUCACAUCUCAAGCCCCUGCCCCUGUCCACUAUUAUCAAAUUCCACAUGUUGGGUGUAUGAGCAGAACUGCAAACACGUUAUUAAAAAUUGGCUUGAUGCACAUCUUAUGAUCAUACUUGGAGUCGUCCUUGCGCUAGCUGUUGCAGAGAUAUGUGGUACCAUCCUUUCGAUGUGUCUGUAUAACUGGGUUUCCGUGGAUUAGUGGUACUCAGGAAGAACAUCAGCUACCAGAUUUCUGUAUUAUUCAUUCUGACAUAAUGUUCAUUUUCUAGCAGUAUUGUUUUCUGUACCUACCAGCAGUGGUAGUACAUUUUAUACCUGCAGUGGGAGUUCAUUUUAUAACCCCAAAUCAUUGGUUCCUGUACAUUAUUUCCCUGUGAUUGUCAUAUAUAGAAUUGUUGAUGUUAAUAAAUAAUAUUUUCAGAUAAUAGUGUGGUGUUGUUUAUAUUAAUAGAGCCUGUAUGUUUUUCUAAAAACUUUAGUUAUCGUUUCAGAUUUUCCAGUGUUUGACCCAGCCCUUAUUUCUCUAUGCCUGGAGCUUUUAAAGUAUCUGUUGCAUGUAAUCUUCCUGUCUUCCAGUAAGAAGGAAAAACAGAAGCACCUGUAUGUAUUUCACCAACAUAAUGAGUAUCUGUUGUCACACCUACACAAUGGAUGACCUCAAUCCUGUAGGAAGGUGGAGAGUUCUAUUCAAUGUAAUACUUUAUUGACUUUUUUAUUCAAUAAUACAAAUUAUGUAAAACAUAAUGUAUAGUAAAAUUUCAGGAUAGUUUAACAUUAGGUAUGUGAAUCAAACUGGAGAAUCUCCUAUUGAUAUAUGAACACUGGCCACAAUAGAAACCACAAACAAUAAUUCAAAAUAUAAUUUUAAAGAUCUUACACGUUAAAAUAUAUUACAACAUAAAAACGUUAUAAUUCCUGAAUCAGAGAUUACUGCAUUUGUAAUCCAACAUGUUCAUUUUAAUCAUGAGCAAUACAUGAAACUGGGGAAGGUCAGAGAGGAUAUGUGAUACUCGUGGGUAGACCCAUGUGGGAGAUGUUCAUAACUCAUCAGUUAUCAGAUGUUGUAUAUAUAUAUGCAGGUGUGGUGAAAAAAAAAGUUUGUUUCCUGGACAAACUGGACUGAAUAGGUUAGAGAAAGCUUGCUCCAUUUUUUACAUUUAGAUAAUCUAUUUUAAUAUCGCAAACAUGAUUAUAUUUAUACUUUUGAAAUUUUGAUAAUUUACUUCAUUAUUAUAAUGAUUUAAUAUCUUUGGCCAGCAUUCCUCAUUUACUCAGUCAACUGAAUAAUGGGACCUCGAGUUUCAGUCCUGAUUGUUUUCCUUGCUGUUCUCUCUGAUGGUGAAGUGCGCCGAUGUGCCAGUACUAAGGAAUGUGAGGAGAAAGUGUCUCAUCUGGUGGAGAAGGAAUGCUGUGAUACAGACUUCUGCAACUGACCUUGUUAUGCCCGGGACUCAAAAUGCUCAAUUAUAAUAAUGUAACUAAAUCAUUCCAGUAAUUAUUUAUAGCAACAUAAUCCUCAAUGUAAGCGAAUGAUGAAAGAAAAAUAUUUAGAGCAUGGUAAAUUACUGUAAAUUACACACCUGGAUUAAAACAAAAUAAAAUAAUGUGCAUGUCUGCAAAAGAAGAACAAUCAUUUGUCUUGUC